AUGAGACCCAACUCAAUUUUUACCCUUGCGGUCCUUGGACUAUCGAAAUCUGUGCUCAGCAAUCCCGCCAGCUAUCCUCGACAAGCAGCAACUGGUCCAGCAGCCCAGACCGACGGAUGGAAUCCUUGGGAGCGCAUCAACAGGAACGACUCUGCACUCCUGAUUGUUGACCAUCAAAUUGGUCUCUUUCAACUAUCUCGCGACUGGGAUCAUGCUUUGUUUAAAAGAAACAUGAUAGCUUAUGCGGAAUUGGGACGCCUUUACAAUCUUCCCGUGAUAAUGACUACAUCGGCAGAAACGGGACCCAACGGCCCACUUCCAAAGGAGGUUGUGAGCAUGUUUCCUGACGCACCGCUGAUCAAACGCAACGGAGAGAUCAAUGCUUGGGACGACCCCAAAUUUCGUGAAGCAGUCCAGAAAACGGGGAAAAAGCAGUUGAUCGUCGCCGGCAUCGUGACUGAUGUCUGUACUGCAUUCCUUGCGCUUUCACUACGCUCCGAAGGGUACUCCGUCUUUGCCGACGUGGAAGCCAGUGGUACCAUGACGCCUCUCAUUCGCGAUACUGCCAACCUUCGUAUGCAAGCUGCGGGCGUGCAUCUUGUGUCCACCUUUGCCAUCAUGAGUGACUUGCAGCGUGACUGGCGCAAUACGAACCCUUCUGCCAGCGACAUUGUACCCUACAUUGACCAGUACCUUCCUGCUUAUGGCAUGAUGAUGAGGUCUCAUGCCGCUGCUCUCUUGCAGAAUGGUACUGUUUUUCCUGGAUCGGAGACCUUGAUCUAG